AUGGCAACUUCGGUAGACGAAACAACAGAAAAACUCGGUGAAUGUUCCAUUAAAGGACUAAUCGCUUACACAUCUGAAAAACACGGUAGCGAUGAAAAUGGAGAUGGUACGGAAAGUAAACCAUUCAAAACGCCAUUACAAGCAUAUCGUAAACAUGGAGAUAGUGUGACAGUCUAUGUUGAUGCUAAAGAUGAAACACAAGGCAAAUGGGAACUAUUAUCGAAAGCUCAAUCGAAAAAGGUUAAAACACGUUAUGAAGAAGAACUCAAAAAGGAAAAAGCAAAAGCAGAACGAGAUGAAAAAGAUCGAGAACAACGAGAAAAAAAUCUCGAAGAAGCUCGAAAAAUAGUCAUUUCUGAAGAUACAUCAUUACCAAAAGCCACAGUGCUUAAAAUCAAAGGAUUGAAAGAACAUCAUGAAGAACAUGUGAAAGUUUUUGGUUGGGUUCAUCGUAUUCGACGACAAGGCAAAAAUUUGAUGUUCGUUGUCUUACGAGAUGGUACCGGCUUCCUACAAUGUGUUUUUUCCGAUAAACUUUGUCAAAACUAUGAUGCAGUUAUCUUAGCAACUGAAGCAACUAUAUCUGUAACCGGUGUCGUACGUCCUGUGCCUGAAGGACAAACUGCACCGGGUGGUCAAGAACUGACCGCCGAUUUCUUUCAAGUUGUUGGACAUUCGCCACCAGGUGGUGCUGAUACAUUACUUAACGAAGAUUCUCAUCCGGACGUGCAAUUGGACAACCGACAUAUGUUGAUUCGAGGCGAAAACACAUCGAAAAUUUUACGUCUCCGUUCCAUUGUUACUCAAUGCUUCCGUGAUCAUUACUUUGAUCGAGGCUAUUACGAAACAUUUCCACCAACUCUUGUGCAAACUCAAGUUGAAGGCGGCUCAACUCUUUUCGGUCUUAACUAUUUCGGCGAGCCAGCAUACUUAACACAAUCGUCACAGCUUUAUCUCGAAACAGCAUGUCCAGCCUUAGGAGAUGUCUUUUGCAUUGCUCAAUCGUAUCGAGCUGAACAAUCUCGUACACGUCGUCAUUUAGCUGAAUAUACGCACGUUGAAGCUGAAUGUCCGUUUAUUUCAUUCGAAGAUUUACUUGAUCGUAUUGAAGAUCUUGUUGUUGAUGUUGUUGAUCGUGUCUUGAAACAUCCGGAGGCUCAUCUCUUGUUCGAAGUCAAUCCAGAAUUUAAAGCGCCGAAAAAACCAUUCAAACGUAUGAACUAUAGCGAAGGUAUUGAAUGGCUAAAAGCCAACGGUGUUAAAAACGAAGACAAUGGUCAGUUUUAUGAAUUCGGCGAAGACAUACCGGAAAUGCCUGAAAGAAAAAUGACCGAUACAAUCAACGAACCGAUUUUGUUCUGUCGUUUUCCAGCAGAAAUCAAAGCAUUUUACAUGCAACGGGAUGCCAAAGAUAAUCGAUUAACAGAAUCGGUCGAUGUUUUGAUGCCCGGUGUCGGUGAAAUUGUUGGUGGUAGCAUGAGGAUGACAAACUUCGAAGAUUUAUCUGAUAGUUUCCGAAAGAAUGGCCUUAACACAGAUCCAUAUUAUUGGUAUUUGGAUCAACGCAAGUAUGGUACAUUUCCUCAUGGCGGCUACGGUCUUGGUCUUGAUCGUUUUAUGACAUGGUUGACAAACCGUCAUCAUAUUCGUGAUGUUUGUUUCUAUCCACGAUUUAUUGGUCGAUGCAAACCAUAA